UAUAAUUACACAAUAAUAAUUUAUUUAGUAAACGUCAAGAAAUAUAGCACUCUCUGUUGGUAAACAGCCUUCGUCAAUAAUGCCGAGUUGAUUUCUGCUUGAAUUGGAACGCGUAGGGGAGGGAUGUUGUCAUCUGUCAAAUUUGGCCUUCAAUUGCUAAUGCUGAUUAGUAGGGAAUCUUUUGCAAUUUGUAAAAGAUUUUGCAAUGUUUAAGUGAUUAAUAAUUCGGAUUCAAUGGUGUGACGUACAAUUAAUCGAACCCUCGUGUUAAGAUGACAUCGAGGAGUAAGAAUGCCGUACGGAUUUACGAGUCGGAGAUCGACAAAAAUCGUGAGGAUUCUAAUUGGAAGAAGGUGGUUGAUUUGGCUCAGCAGUUGAAGGCCAGGUCUCCGCAGCAUGAGAGUCUCUCCCACUUCCUCAUCGGUGAAGGGAAGCUAGAAGGUUACUUAGCGGAAUGGCCACCAUCCAAGGAAAACAUAGAGAGAGCACAGCGGGAGUUAUCCGAUGCUCGUGGGUACCUCACACUAGCGACUGACGAGGCGGGCAAGCGUGCUGGCGUAUGGUUGGACGCGCAACUCCUACUUGGAAAGCUUAACUAUGCCUGCGGAGCUUAUGAUGAAGCCUUGAAACAUUAUAAACUGGUUGAUUUGAACACAUUGACAGAGAAAGAGUUACCUGUGCGGAGUCUACGCAUCGUAGCGGAGUCGUACGCUAUCAAAGGACUAUGCCUCGAACAGAAUGCAGGGCCGGCUUCGACCAGCCGGUACAAGCAGGCCGAGAAGGAGGCAGAAAUGAUCCGCAGCUUCGAGGUGGCGUCGGAGUUGACGCUGCUGUACCUGCAGCGCGCGGGCGGCGCGGGCGGUGCGGGGGGUGGGGCGGGGGGCGCGGGCGGCGCGGGCGCCACGCUGGAGACGGCGCUGCAGCGCGCGCCCAUCCUGCACAUGCGCGCCGCGCGGCUGCACGCCGCCAUCGACAGGUACCGCGAGAUGCUGACGGCGGUGGAGGCGCCGGCCACGCAGGCGCUGCGGCUGACGCUGGCGCGGCAGCUCGCAGAGGUGCUCAUGCGCGGCGUCACCGGCCAGGUAUAUAAAGCACCAGAAAAGGUAGCAGUACCGCAACAAGGCACGCUGAGUAGGCGGCGAGAGGACCACGUCUCCGAGGGGCCGUGGAAACCGAAAAAGUACGCUGGAAUCAAUCAGUUCGUGCCGUGCAACGAGUACGAGGAGGUGGUGCUGCUGCUGCUGGUGGGCGAGGCGAUGGCGGUGCGCGACGCCGUGCUGUCGCAGAGCGCAGAGUUCGAGGCGGCGCGCGCGCACGCGCUGCGCAACGCCGUCGCACUCGUCGACCUGCUCGCGCUCGCCGCCACGCGCUGGGGGCAGCUGUGCCUCGUGCUCGAGGUACGUCCCGCGCUCGUCGACCUGCUCGCGCUCGCCGCCACGCGCUGGGGGCAGCUGUGCCUCGUGCUCGAGGUACGUCCCGCGCUCGUCGACCUGCUCGCGCUCGCCGCCACGCGCUGGGGGCAGCUGUGCCUCGUGCUCGAGGUACGUCCCGCGCUCGUCGACCUGCUCGCGCUCGCCGCCACGCGCUGGGGGCAGCUGUGCCUCGUGCUCGAGGUACGUCCCGCGCUCGUCGACCUGCUCGCGCUCGCCGCCACGCGCUGGGGGCAGCUGUGCCUCGUGCUCGAGGUACGUCCCGCGCUCGUCGACCUGCUCGCGCUCGCCGCCACGCGCUGGGGGCAGCUGUGCCUCGUGCUCGAGGUACGUCCCGCGCUCGUCGACCUGCUCGCGCUCGCCGCCACGCGCUGGGGGCAGCUGUGCCUCGUGCUCGAGGUACGUCCCGCGCUCGUCGACCUGCUCGCGCUCGCCGCCACGCGCUGGGGGCAGCUGUGCCUCGUGCUCGAGGUACGUCCCGCGCUCGUCGACCUGCUCGCGCUCGCCGCCACGCGCUGGGGGCAGCUGUGCCUCGUGCUCGAGGUACGUCCCGCGCUCGUCGACCUGCUCGCGCUCGCCGCCACGCGCUGGGGGCAGCUGUGCCUCGUGCUCGAGGUACGUCCCGCGCUCGUCGACCUGCUCGCGCUCGCCGCCACGCGCUGGGGGCAGCUGUGCCUCGUGCUCGAGGUACGUCCCGCGCUCGUCGACCUGCUCGCGCUCGCCGCCACGCGCUGGGGGCAGCUGUGCCUCGUGCUCGAGGUACGUCCCGCGCUCGUCGACCUGCUCGCGCUCGCCGCCACGCGCUGGGGGCAGCUGUGCCUCGUGCUCGAGGUACGUCCCGCGCUCGUCGACCUGCUCGCGCUCGCCGCCACGCGCUGGGGGCAGCUGUGCCUCGUGCUCGAGGUACGUCCCGCGCUCGUCGACCUGCUCGCGCUCGCCGCCACGCGCUGGGGGCAGCUGUGCCUCGUGCUCGAGGUACGUCCCGCGCUCGUCGACCUGCUCGCGCUCGCCGCCACGCGCUGGGGGCAGCUGUGCCUCGUGCUCGAGGUACGUCCCGCGCUCGUCGACCUGCUCGCGCUCGCCGCCACGCGCUGGGGGCAGCUGUGCCUCGUGCUCGAGGUACGUCCCGCGCUCGUCGACCUGCUCGCGCUCGCCGCCACGCGCUGGGGGCAGCUGUGCCUCGUGCUCGAGGUACGUCCCGCGCUCGUCGACCUGCUCGCGCUCGCCGCCACGCGCUGGGGGCAGCUGUGCCUCGUGCUCGAGGUACGUCCCGCGCUCGUCGACCUGCUCGCGCUCGCCGCCACGCGCUGGGGGCAGCUGUGCCUCGUGCUCGAGGUACGUCCCGCGCUCGUCGACCUGCUCGCGCUCGCCGCCACGCGCUGGGGGCAGCUGUGCCUCGUGCUCGAGGUACGUCCCGCGCUCGUCGACCUGCUCGCGCUCGCCGCCACGCGCUGGGGGCAGCUGUGCCUCGUGCUCGAGGUACGUCCCGCGCUCGUCGACCUGCUCGCGCUCGCCGCCACGCGCUGGGGGCAGCUGUGCCUCGUGCUCGAGGUACGUCCCGCGCUCGUCGACCUGCUCGCGUUCGCCGCCACGCGCUGGGGGCAGCUGUGCCUCGUGCUCGAGUCGCUGGAGCGCGCGAUGAAGUUCUCGUUCGGCUGCGCACACGUGUGGCGGCAGCGCGCGCUGGCCACGGCGGCGGCGGUGCCCGCGCCGUCCGCGCCGACGCCCGGGCCGGCCGGCGCCGCGCCGCCGCACGCGGCCGGCGGCGCGGCGUGGGCGGCCGGCGUGCGCGCGCUGGCAGUGGCGCGCCGCGCGGCGCCGCUCGUGCCCACCGACGCGCCCCUGCGGCUCGUCGCCGCCGCCACCUGCUACCACAUGGGCUGGAUAGAAGACGGCAUAGAGCUGGCGGAGGCGGCGCUGGCGAUAGAAGAGGAGCAGCAGGGAAACAUGCUGGCGCGCGCCUGCCUCUACUGCGGCAUCGGACACCAGAUGAAAGCACAGAAAACAAAUUGUCGCAUCGAGAAAGAAGCCGCGAAUGCGACGAGUCUGAAGCUACUGCAGCGGGCGGUACAACUGGACGACAACGACCACUUGGCUUUCUACUACCUCGCACUACAGUACAUGUACCUGGGCAUGCUGAACGAUGCUAUGGACGCGACGCGCGCGUGCCUGGCGGCGCGCGCGGAGUGCGGCGGCGCGCUGCGGCUGGCGGCGGCGCUGUGGGCGCGCGCGUGCGCCGGCCCGCGGGCCGCGCGCGCGCGCGCCGCCGCCCGCCUCGCGCGCCUGCACUACCCCGCCGCCGAGUGGCCGCUCGCCGCGCUCGCCGCGCUGCAGCUGCACGGGGAGGGCGGCGAGGCUGCCUUAGCGACGGGAAAGGAACUGUUGUCGUUGUUAAAUAGUUUCGAAGAGUCAGACGUGGAACACAACGGGUACACGGAGCUGGACGCGCUCUCCGACGAGAUGCACGCUGACGACACGCACAGCAUCAGGGACGCCGCGUCGCUGCGGGCGUCGUCGGCGGGCGUGAUGCGAGCGGAGCGCGCGCUGUCGGAGGGCGCGUCGUCGGCGUCGGCGCCGCGCCGCUCGCCGCGCGCCGAGCGCCGCGCGCACGCGUGGCUGCUGCUCGCCGACCUCUGCCUCAGGAUGGACCGCGUGAGCGCGGCGGCCGGCUGCGUGGCGGAAGCGGCCGCACUCACACCCUACAGUCAUCUAGUCUUAUAUACGCGCGGGCUGGUGCAGGCGGCGGACGGGUCGUGGGCGGAGGCGCGGCAGAGCUUCCAGGACGCGCUGGCCGUGCACCCCACGCACCUCGACAGCAUUGUCCAGCUCGGCGCGGCGUACUACGAGCUGGGCUGGCUGCGGCUGGCGGAGCACGCGCUGCGGGCGGCGGCGGCGCUGGAGCCGGCGCGCGCCGACACGUGGCGGCGGCUGGCGCUGGCGCUGGCGGCGCGCGCCGACCACGCGCGCCGCCGCCGACUGCGCCGCCGCACCACGCCGCCGACACGUGGCGGCGGCCGGCGCUGGUGCUGGCGGCGCGCGCCGACCACGCCGCCGCCGCCGACUGCGCCGCCGCCGCGCUCGCGCUGCACCCGCGCGCGCCCGCGCUCGCGCGCGCCGACCACGCCGCCGCCGCCGACUGCCGCCGCCGCGCUCGCGCUGCAGCGCGCGCCCGCGCUCGCGCGCUGCCGCCCUGACCACGCCGCCGACACGUGGCGGCGGCUGGCGCUGGUGCUGGCGGCGCGCGCCGACCACGCCGCCGCCGCCGACUGCGCCGCCGCCGCCGCUGCACCCGCGCGCGCCCGCGCUCGCGCUGCACCCGCGCGCGCCGGCGCGCUCGCGCUGCGGCGCGCGCCGACCACGCCGCCGACGCCGACUGCGCCGCCGCCGCGGCGCGCGCGCCCGGCUCGCGCUGCCGCCCUAGCGGCGGCCGGCGGUGCUGGCGGCGCGCGCCGACCACGCCGCCGCCGCCGACUGCGCCGCCGCCGCGCUCGCGCUGCACCCGCGCGCGCCCGCGCUCGCGCUGCCGCCCUAGACCACGCCGCCGACACGUGGCGGCGGCCGGCGCUGGUGCUGGCGGCGCGCGCCGACCGCGCCGACCACGCCGACAACCUCGCCAGCUCACGGUUUGCUCUCGGUCUGGUAAGUAAACACUCCUUGGCAUUGAUCACAACUGGAACAGAAUUAGACUAG